CCCAAUUCUUGCCUUCCGGCUACCGCUGCUCCUGUUAGGAGUACUUGCCAAUUACUAUUGGAAUCACCUUCGCCGCCUCCUCGAGAACCAAUUCUAGCCUAAAACCCGCAGUGAUCCGCCCAACUCCCGACCCACUCAUGGUCGAUCGGCGCGGCCGCUGAACUGCCUGCGGCGGGGGCGAGAGGACGCGGGUCGAGGCGGGCGAUGGCCGGGCUGGCGGGGAGGCCUGGUUCCUGGGGCGGCCUGGUGCUGCGGGUGGGGCAGGCUCUCUUCGCCGCCGCCUGCAUCGGCGUCAUGGGCAGCUCGCUCGGAUUCGCCAGCUACACCGCCUUCUGCUACUUGAUUGCGUCAAUGGGGCUUCAAAUGCUGUGGAGUUUCGGACUUGCAUGUCUUGAUGGAUAUGCCAUUAGAGCCAAUAAAGAUCUCACCAGUCCCAUUCUAUUGAGCUUGUUUGUCGUUGGAGACUGGGUAACAGCAAUCCUGUCAUUCGCCGCAUCAAGCUCAGCUGCCGGUGUAGUAAUCCUAUUUCAAAAGGACGUGCUCUUCUGCAGAAGGUAUCCCCAGCUCCCCUGCGGAAAAUACGAGCUCGCCACGGCGUUCGCCUUCCUGUCUUGGGCGCUCAGUGCGACAUCAGCAUUGAUCAUGUUUUGGCUCCUGGCUGCGUUCUGAUUUUGUGUAAAAAUUUUGUGACAGCGAUGUUCAUAGUGCCCACUUCGCUGUUCUCUCAUCGCAUUCUUUUACGACCAUGUCACAUAUUUAGAGCCACAUAGCCCCCCCCCCCCCCCCCCCCCCCCAAAAAAAAGGAAUGUUGGGAUCAUGUAAAGUCCUUGAAGUGAACAGUUACUAAUGGAAGAAAUUCACU